AUGCAGAUUAUCAAGUUCGGCCUGGUGCCUUUGUUGGCCGCUGUCCCCGCCCUCGCCUGCAACGGCUACACCGGAGGUGUCCCCAAGGCCACCGGCACUGUGUCCUCCAAGUCGUACAUUGAGAUCAAGGCCGGUCAGGUCUACGACGGAAAGUGGCAGCGCUUCGACCGCGGCUCUGGUGCCUGCGGUGGCCAGAGCGAGGGUGACUACAAGGACUCCGUCUUCUACAUCCAGGCCGGCGGUACCCUGAAGAACGCCAUUAUCGGUAAGAACCAGGCCGAGGGUGUCCACUGCAACGGUCACUGCACCCUCGAGUUCGUCUGGUUCGAGGAUGUCUGCGAGGAUGCCAUCUCGAUCAAGAACGACAAGGCCGGAACUGAGUCCUGGAUCAUUGGCGGCGGUGCUUACCACGCUUCUGACAAGGUUAUCCAGCACAACGGCUGCGGUACUGUCAACAUUAUCAACUACUACGUUGAGGAUUACGGAAAGUUGUACCGCUCGUGCGGCAACGGUGUUACCGCGAAGAACGGUGGCGAGCUCGCCGGCAUCAACGCCAACUACAAGGACACCGCCACUCUCAAGAACGUCUGUGCGGACGCCAAGACCAAGUGCCAGAUGUACAAUGGCUGCGCCGGUGGCUGCGAGCCCUCCAAGGCCGGCACCUGCUCUGGCUAA